CGUCGCACCUGUCCCAACCCGGAUGCCACGAAGCCACACCUGUGGGCGCGUCCCCGUCCUUCUCUCGGCCGCCUCCGCUUCCUGGUGAAGCCUAGAAACCCCCGGGGGGUCUCCUCGUGGUCUCCCAUCCCCAUCCGGACCCUGCUUACUUUCAGCGUCUAAUCCGGGUUAUUCCCCUGUUUUGACUCACUUCUCCUUCUGCAAGGAAGGGGCUGGAGAGAAAUACCCCCCCCUACACACCCAGCCAUGGCCUCUUCUCCAGAGGACCGGCCCCCCAAGCCGGCCCCCGCCAAGCCCCUCACGGACCUGGACUUCCACUCCGGGGUGCAGAUUGAGGAGCUCAACCAACUCAUCCAGGAGUACCAAGCCAGGAGCCCCCAGGGCGGGGACGCCCCCGAAUUGUUCCAAGCCAAAGAUUGGGUUUUCGGGCUGCUGGGUCAGGUCCAACAAUCCGAUGGAAAAUUGCCCCCGGUCAACCGCUACCUUCUUCUCUCCGGUGGGAUCCAGCAGGGCACAGUCCACGUGGAUUGUACCACCUUGCUCCCGCUUUCUCCCGGUGGUGACUACGAUGCCAGUUUCACGCUCCUCAUGCCAGUUCUGAACGUGGCCGGCGUGCCUGUCACCUUGGACAUGACGCAGAGCCGCCCUGGACACACCCGGAUCAGCCUCCAGCCUUUUGAUGCCCCCACCCUGCAACGCUGGUCCGAGUGCAGCUGUGGGGAUCAGACUUUCCUCUCCGCGGAGCUGGUGUCUGAAUGGUUUUUCCGGGCGUUUUCCGCAGCGGCCAAAGAUGUCCGCCUCGAGCUUCGAGGCCGCGUCACCUCCGUGAUCAUCUGUGUCGGAUCCUACCGCGUCCUCUACGACAUCGUCCCCGUGGUGGCCUUUCGGGGGUGGCCCGAGGUGGCCCAGCCGUGGCUGAGCCAGGGACAUUUCUGGGACGGCAAAUUGAGGGACGAAGACGUGACCGCCGGCUUCUACCUCUUCCCGUCCACUUCUGGCUCGGAUUGGUACCUUGCCUUUUCGGCGAGCGAGCUGCACUUGAGGCGCGGCCUUCCUCCGCCGCUGCUGUGGUCCUUGAGAGCCACCGUGGCCGCUCUCCCCUGGGGGGUUCUGCAGGGCCUGGAACCGUACCACCUCUUCACCCUGGCCUUGUGGUCCUGCGAGCGACUGCCCAGCCGCUACCUGGCUCAGGAGGAGAACGCAGCGCACGCCUUGCUGGGUGUCCUGGAUGAUCUGUCAGCUAGCCUGGCCGAGGGACACCUGCCCAAUUAUUUCCUGCCCCAGUGGAAUCUCCUGCAUGGCUUAUCCCACCGGGCCACAAGGAUCCUGGUGCGGGCGGUGGCCCAGGUGAGGGCCAACCCCACCAAGUACCUCUGCCAAGCGGUGGAAGGGGCCAAAGAAGCUAAACGGCGGGCCAAGGCAUACCGGCGCCAGCUGCCGACCCCUGCGGACUCCUAGCCGUGGGGAUGCAUCCUGAGCCAGCCCCCCUUGCGUUCUUCAGGUAGGUGGUGAGCCGUCCAGAAUAACAGAAAAACGGAAUGACAGAGCUGGAAGGGACCUGCUCAAGCAGGAGACCCUAUGCCACUCCAGACCAAUGAUCUGUCCAAGCUCUCCUUAAAAACCUCCAGUGUUGGGGCACCCACAACUUCUGGAGGCAAGUCGAAACGGAGGCCAGGAGGACUGGACUCCGUUUCCCAGACACUGGACGUCUGCCAGGUGUGUGGCGCCAGUUGUGGGACACCCAGCCGUGGGACAUUCCACAGGAGGGGAUAUAACAUGGUACAGCAGCCUCUGCAGUUAUGCCAGAAUGCAACCCCAGCUGGAGGACGGGAAUUCCACACUUAGUCCUCACAAAUACGACCACAACAAGCCCAAGAUUUUUGCUGCUAAGUGAGUCAGGGAGUGACUUUUUAUGACCUCUCUUGCCACCAUUAUUAAGGGAAUCCUUGCAGUUGUGAUGUGAGCCACAUGGUCCUUAUGUGAAUCCGGCUUCCCCAAUGACUUUGCUCGUCUGAAAGUCGCAAGGGAGGAUCACUGGGGACACUGCAACCGUCGUAAAUACGAGUCAGUUGCCAAGCGUCUGAAUUUUGAUCACGGGGUCACAGGGAUGCCACAACGGUUGUAAAUGUAACAAACAGUCCUAAGUCCCCUUUUUUUCAGUGCCAUUGUUACUUCGGUCAGUAAACAAACUGUCGUAAAUCGGGGACUGCUUGUCAUCCCCUGUUCCAGGUCCAGAAGGGAAAGGCUUCAGGGGUAGGGACAGUCCUGCCUUCCGCCACCUUGAAAUUGUGCCUUAAAAAAAAUCACCUUAUGACCUUACAACAUCUGGUGCCGAAACCAGGUGACUUUCUCUCUGUCCUUGUUGUACGCCCGGUACGGGUAGUCCUCGACUUAACGGCCACAACGGGAGCCAGAAUUUUCAUCCCUAAGUGAUGCGAUCGUAUAAGGAUGGCCAUCCUUGCAGUCCCAGGUUGCCCUCUGUCAGAGCGUGCACAGUCCUAUUGCGCCGAGAUAACCAAGAGUCAACACAGUAAACAGUGGUCUCUAUUAAGUGGUGGUUUAUCAUACACUAGCUACAAAUAUACACUAGGAACAAGAUACGUACACGUGGUGAUACAGCAAACUCCAAUACACAGCCGUUACAGCAGAAAACAGAAGAGAGAGAGAGAGAGAGAGAGAGAGAGAGAGAGAGAGAGAGAGAGAGAGAGAGAGAAUACAGCAGCAAAAGCCUUCCCUUUUAUACUCAGGCUGUUAAAGGGAUACACACAGAGAUACAGUUCCUGCUGAAUCAUUCGUUGCCUCAUCCACCUUAUGUUACAUUACAUCAUUACAUAAGCGGUUUGGCUGUUAAAUCAUAACCUUGACAUCAUCAUUCCCUGAAUCCCUAAACCAGGGGCCGUCAAACUUGGCUCUUUUGUGACUUGUGGACUUCAACUCCCAGAAUUCCUCAGCCAGGCACACGUGCCUGGCUGAGGAAUUCUGGGAGUUGAAGUCCACAAGUCACAAAAGGGCCAAGUUGGAAGGCCCCUGCUGUACGCUAAUCCUAGAAUAAUUAUUUUUCUUAAUUAUUCAAUGUUUCUCAGCCUUUGCAGCUUCCAGGGAUGUGGACCCAAGUCCCAGAAUCCCCCAGGCUGCCCUGCUGCCUGGAGAAUUCUGGGAGUUGGGGUCCACCCCCCCCCCAAAGCAUCCAAAGUUUGCAAAACAUUGCUGAAGUUAAAUCUGAGAAGGUUAUAGCCUGUUUCCAAUGCAAAAUCAUUUCUUUUAACAAGCGCGACCUAUCCAGUCACUGACAUUUUAAAUAUUUUAAACAUCAGAAAAUGAAAAAAAAACCCACAUUUUAUUUCUUAGUAAAAUAAAAUCUAUCCAGAAAGAAACUUUUGGUUUGGGAAAAGAGACUUUUAUGGACCUUGGGAUCCAUUAUAUUUUGUACUAUUCUUUGUUUAAAGUGCAGAAUAAAGAUUUAUUU